AUGCAACGAACCGUCGUUACCAUCAACAGCAAUGGAAGACAGUCGGCGAGCUUCAUUAGGGUGGCUGCCGCAUUGGGAUGGCAGGUGCGCGCCCAGAUGAGAGACCUCUGCGGCAUAGUCGCACAGGAGCUCUCCGAGCUGGAAAAUGUCACCGUCUACAUCGGCCGCCUCGAGGACAAGAAAUUCAUCGAUGAUCUCUUCAGGAGCGCGCAAUGCGCUUUCAUUAAUACAACACAUUGGGGUGACGAGGUUGCCAUUGGUCGGUCGUUAGCCGACGCUGCAAAGAGGGCCGGGAUCCAGCACUACAUUUACUCGAGCAUGCCUGACCACUCCGUCUUUGGCCACAACUUGAAAGCCCUGCCAAUGUGGUCGCCAAAGUUUACCGUCGAGCAAUACGUGCGCCAGAUUGGUCUGCCUGCGACGUUUGUGUACUGCGGCAUCUACCAUAAUAAUUUCACCAGCCUGGAUUUCCCUCUGUUCCGCAUGGAGCUGCAGCAUGAUGGCAGUUUUGUAUGGCAAGCACCUUUCCACCCCGAUCAGCCUCUUCCUUGGCUGGAUUCGGAACACGACAUAGGACCAGCGAUAUUCCAACUCUUUAAGGAAGGACCACGGAAAUGGAACGGCAAGCGGAUACCUCUAGCUUUCGCCUCGAUGAGCCCUAAAGAGGUUGUCAAGGCCUUUAGCAACGGUUUAAGACGACCCGUCCGGUACAAGCGGGGCCCCAUAGUGAUCAACGUCCCUACGCCUACCGGCUAUCGGGAGCACCUAUCCGCCCUGGAGUACACUCUGGGCGAGAAAGGAGCGCCAUACUUUGGACCAGAUCUUGAACCCGACGUUCCCAAAGUUUCACUCGAACUGUGGGAGGGCAACCGCUCAAUGGAAGAGUACGCCCAGGAAGUGUUUCCCGUAGAAGAGGCCGCCAACGGCCUGACCUGGAUGCAAGAGGGCGACGUUAUCCAGCAUUGCAACGGAGUCCCGGCCCUGACCGAGCAGCUCAACCAAGCACGGCUGUGAAACGGUUACGACUUCCCUUUUCAGCUUUCCCCAUUUUCAACGGCGUCUGGAAGCAUUUCGGCGGUGUUUUUUGGUCUUCUCCACUUUCAAUACUGGAGCAUGCAUCUAGUGCGAUAACGGCGACGUACGUGUUGAUCGGCAUGCAUUGGCUGCUGGGGACAUGCGAACUUCCGAGAGUCCGACCGCUUUGGUGACGGAUCACGAAAACUACUUUGAAAGCAUGGUGUUUAUGGCUGGGUUGGGCGGAUGCAUUGCGUAAUACCUAGGGCGGGCGAUUUGCAUAGCAUGGAAAAGUUUUGAAUCUCGAUCUUUUGAUACUUGGAGUCUCUAUUCUACUACUUGUGCUGGGAGAUGUGCGCGCAUCGGGUGACCGUAGGCUCAGGUGCUGGAAUUUUCGGUUCUCAGGGUGUGUAACCUAAAUGCAUUUCGAAUGAAGC